AAACCAUUGUAAGUGCAAACAAUAUAAUAAUGAUAAAUUUGCUGGAAAGAACUUCUUAGCCACAUUUGAAAUUGGACAACCAUCCCGACUGCUUACUUUGUCCUUAAAUUCCAUUCAUACAUAAAAUAUAAAAUGAAUUUGCAAUUAAAAAGCAGUUUAACAGUUUUCAUACUUCUUAUCCAACUCUUGAAAACGUCAGAAGCUUCAAAUAUCCUUGGUGUUUUCCUGACACACAGUCCAUCCAAUGUGAUUCAUCAUAUGGCCGUAGUUCGAGCUUUAGUUGAACGUGGUCAUAAUGUCACCGUGAUAACAUCGAUCCCCUUGAAGGCAGUUGAUUCAAAACCUCCUCGAUAUAGACACAUAUUUCUCAAGCAAGAAGAACUCUCCCAAAAGGACAUGGACGCCAUUAUAAAUGAAGCCAAAUCGACACCGGCUCAUUUGAAAAUCUUCAAAGUGUAUUCGCUGAUCAGGAAAAUAAUCAACCAAUAUUCAGAAUUUACAUCGGAUCCAGAUUUCGUGAAUUUCAUGAAAGAGGAUAAUCAUUUUGAUUUGAUGAUUCUGGGUUACGCUUUCAAUGACCUGCCUUUGGGAAUAGCAGCUCAUUUUAAGUGUCCAGUAGUGGUGUCGUUUCCCAUUCAACCUUUUGGUCAUGUGUCUCGGUUGAUUGGGAAUCCAACGCAUACGUCAUUUGUGCCGUUUUCACCAUUCAUGGAAUCAAAUCCAAUGGAUAUUUCUGGAAGGAUAAUAAAUGUUUUCCUCAGCACUGCCGAGAGACUUCUUACCAUGUUAUUGCACUUUUUUUCUGAGAGGCUUUAUGAGAAAAACUUCCCUUCGGACCGUUAUCGAUCGUUAUCAGAGAUGAAAGAAAAUAUAUCCCUAAUCCUGUUCAAUCAUCAUUUCAGUGAGGGUCCUGUGAGGCCUUUAGUUCCAGGUCUGGUUGAAAUUGGUGGAAUUCAAAUAAAGGAUAAACCUGAUCCAUUGCCUAAGGAUAUUGAAAGGUUUCUAGAAAAGUCUGAAAAAGGUGCAAUUUUGUUCAGUCUGGGCUCCAAUGUUCGUGAACAUCAUUUAGGACCAAAUAGCACCACCAUCAUCUACAAAGUGCUUUCAUCCCUGCCUUAUAAUGUUAUCUGGAAAUUUGAUUCUGAUAAGGAGCUGCCAGGGAAUUCAACAAAUAUCCUUGUUUCAAAAUGGCUUCCACAGGACGAUAUUCUAGCUCACAGGAAUCUUAAACUUUUCAUAAAUCACGGUGGCAAAGGCAGCAUAACUGAAUCAGAAUACCACGAAGUACCAAUGGUUUCACUGCCGGUCUAUGGGGAUCAGCCUAAAAAUGCUGCAAUCAUGCAAAAUAAAGGACAUGGCAUUGUAUUGGACUAUCGAAUCCUAUCAGAAGAUUCUUUAAGAGAAACUGUGCUAGAAGUAAUGCAAAAUGAUAAAUAUAGAAAUGCAGUGCAAAAGUUUUCAAGAGUCUACCGCGAUCGACCUUUGACCGCACGACAAAAUGCCGUCUAUUGGAUUGAGUAUGUGAUAAGACAUCAAGGAGCCAAACAUAUGCAAAGUCCUUUGAAAUCAAUGAAUUUCUUCGAGGAAAACAGUCUCGAUGUGUUUGUGAUAUUGUUUUGUGUUGUUUUUUUAAUUGUUAAAUUUGUAAAUUUAUUUGUUAAGUUAUCAUUUAGAGCGGCGGAGAAAAUGGCUGAAUUAGCUUUGAAACAAAAAUUAGAAUAAAAUUUCUCAAAUAGUUUUGUAUAAUUA